GCGCGACGCAUGUCUAUUGUUGACAGUAUGGACUAUGAGUCAUUUUAUACGUACGUAUAGUUCUUUAGGUGGGAAAGAGGGGGUGCGCAAAUGGCAGUCGCGUUAUGACUUAGGAGUUAAGAGUGUGUGGUAAAUGUGUGUAUGUGUACUGAACUGCUAUGGUCUAUGUUUGUACAUAUUAUACCUCGACUUUCAAGUCAUGGGGAUAGAACACUUGCACAUACAACCAUUACGUCGCCAUUAUUAUUUUUACUUGACAAUUUACAAUCGUUUUACUUGAAAAAGUAUGCUAAUUAGAAAAUAAAGAAUAAAUAAACUAUAUAUAGGUGCGAAAGCGUAAUAUUCAACUGGUCACACCUACCAUGAAAAGCGAGCAUAAAUGAUGCAAUAAAAAAGUAACGAAAAUUCAAAUACUUUUGGAACUAAGAGUGAUUUUUGAACCAGAAAAAUACCCUGAAAAUUCAGAGCUAGACAACUGCAGUAUUAAAAAUUGGACAUAGGACAUCUUACAUGUAUACACAAACGAUAAAGAUGCCUGCACAAAAAGAUUCUAACAUCGUUAAAAUAGCUGUAAAGUCACUCAAUGAUCAAGUAGCACAAUUGAUUGAAUUUAAUCAGACUCUUCCUUUGACUGCAAUUAUUCAGGAACUUUGCAAUGGUUGGGACCUUCCAGAUCAUGAGUCAUAUGCGUUACAAUUUUCAGAGAGUAAUCAAAAUUACAUAACAGAAAAAAAUAGAAAUGAAGUUAAGAAUGGGAGUAUUUUAAAAUUAGAAUACUCACCAUCUAAGACUGCAAGUGACAUACUUGAAAAACUCACUAAUGGGAACCCUGAAGAAAAAGUUGUUGGAUCCCUGGAAAAGCUUAGUAGACUCAGUCGUGAUAUUACAUUUGCCAAUGAAUUUAUAGAAAAAAAUGGAUUGGCUCUUAUAAUUUCUCAGAUUGAAAAUGAAAAAUAUAAAUUCAAUGCAUUGGCUUAUUGUUUGCAAUCAUUUGUUGAAUUAAUGGAACUUGGUAUAGUAUCAUGGGAUAUUGUUGAAGUUCCAUUCAUUUGUAAAAUUGCCAGUUAUGUUAACAAUCAAAUAACAACAAUUGAUUCAAACGUUAUCAAAGCAUCUUUGAGCAUUCUUGAAAAUAUUGUUUUGAAUUCUGCUGGAAAGUUUGUCCACGUAGAAAAGGAAAUAAUAUUUCAAAACUUAGUUAGACAUUUGCAAAAUAUAAAUUCUCAAAUUCAACAAAAUGCCAUAGCUUUGAUCAAUGCUUUAUUUCAAAAAGCAGAUAUAACUAAACGUAAAGAAAUCGCUUUAACUUUGCAGUCUAAAUCAGUCAGAAAUGUUAUUCUUGCAAAUGUCAUUCAAUCUACUGGACAAGUAGGCUCUGAAAUGGCUCACCAACUCUAUAUGAUGCAAACUCAGCUGUUGAGUUUAUUGGAACAGCGAAUGAUGACUAAAAUGGAUAACUUAGAUCAGGAUGCUCAUGAAAAAAUUAAAGAAUUGCGUAAAAUUGCAUUUGAUUCAGAAGGAACCAACAACAUUGAUGUGACUUCAAGAAAGCAAGGCUUGAUUGCUAGAGAUUAUAAGAAACUUGGAUUCAAAUGUGAUAUUAAUCCUGCGUUAGAUUUUACAGAAACACCACCAGGAAUGCUGGCCUUAGAUUGUAUGGUCUACUUUGCUCGUGUCCAUUCUGAAAGUUACACAAAAGUUGUACUAGAAAAUUCUUGCAGAGCUGAUGAGCAUGAAUGUCCAUUUGGACGAACAAGUAUAGAGCUUGUCAAACGAUUGUGUGAAAUUUUAAAAAUUGGUGAAGCUCCUAGUGAACAAGGUCAAUCAUAUCAUCCCAUGUUUUUUACACAUGAUAAUCCUUUUGAAGAAUUCUAUUGUGCUUGUAUAAUCUUAUUAAACAGAACAUGGAAAGAAAUGAGAGCUACCACAGAAGAUUUUGUUAAGGUCUUUUCUGUUGUAAGUGAACAAAUCAAAAGAGCCCUGGAAUCAAAACCAACUGGUUUAGAUAAAUUCAAAAAUAAAUUACAACAACUAACUUAUUCACAAAUAACAACUUUGUGGCAACAAGAGAGAACUGAUAGGGAAGAAUGGGAGAGUCAGGCUAGACCUAUAGUUGAGUUAAAAGAACAAAUUUCACCUGAUAUUAUAGCUUUAAUUCAACAGCAAAGACUGGGCUUUCUUGUAGAAGGAACACGAUUUACAAAGUAUAGUUCAAGAGGACAGCGAAUAAAAGACAAAUUUUGGUAUGUUCGCCUAUCACCAAAUCACAAAGUCUUCCAUUAUGGCGACUGUGAUGAAAAAUCAGUUCCAAGUAUUGACGAACUACCUACAAAAUUAGCCAUUGUAGAAAUUCGGGGUCUACUAACUGGCAGAGACUGUCCUCAUAUGAAGGAUUUACAAAGACGCAAAACAACUCAUCAAUUAGCUUUUUCUUUGCUUUUGGACUCAGUAGAUACAACAAGUUUGGACUUUGUAGCUCCAGAUGAACAGAUUUUUGAUUAUUGGACUGAUGGUAUUAAUUCUUUAUUAGGAAAUCGAAUGACCAGCAAAGAAACGGAGAAAGAUUUAGAUACACUUUUAUCUAUGGAUAUAAAACUUAGAUUAUUAGAUGCCGAAGGAAUUGACAUUCCACAAGAUCCACCAUUAAUACCUGAUCCACCACCCAACUAUGACUUUUGCUAUGAUGUGUAGAUCGUUUUAUUCAAAUUUGGAAGAAUCGAUCACUAUAUUAUCAAUCAGCUUAAUGCAUUUCAGUAUAAAAAAAUUUAUAAAAUAAUUUUAUAUACAGAUUUUUACACUCGGAAAUAUUUUUACAAUUUAAUGUGAAUAUUUCGAUCCGCCAAAGAUAUAGCUUGAGUGGAAUUCUCGACGAAAACUCAAUCUCUAAUAUUUUUAUGUUUGAACUAAUUAAUUUGAGAAAAAGAUGAUUUUCACAAAAAUUGUGCACCGUUAAAGUAAUUUAAAGGAUCUAUUCUAAUUAUGAUUAUGUAUUUAUAAACUGCCAAGAACUAAAAAACUUUUUUUAUAAUUAUAAAUG